AUGAGACGUUUUGGUUUAGCAGCCUUUGAUGAUCAAAAAGAGGGAAAAUAUGAAAGUAUCAGUAACACUGUUUUGGAAAGACAAUCACAGGAGCUGAAUGAACAAUUGGUUGUUUUUCAAGAAAAGUUAAUUACUUUUGCAAAGAAACAUAAUAGGGAAAUACAGGGAAACCCUGAAUUCAGGUCAAAGUUUAUGAGAAUGUGCGCUUCGAUUGGUAUAGAUCCCUUGAGUCUUUUUGAUAAAAAUGAACAUCUGUUUGAUUUGAAUGAUUUUUAUUAUGAAAUUUGCGUAAAAGUCAUCGAGAUUUGCAGACAGACUAAGGAUAAAAAUGGCGGUGUUAUCUCGUUCGAUGAGCUGGAAAAGGGUUUUUUCAGAAAUGUCAAUGUUGAAAUAGGUGACUUGGAGAAUUCCAUCAAGAUGCUCGAGAGCCUCGAAAGCGGAUUCGAAAUAUUUGAAAUACGAGGUAAGAAAUUUUUAAGAAGUGUCCCGAACGAGUUGACUGACGAUCACACCAGGAUUUUGGAAAUAUGCUCCAUACUGGGAUAUGCUAGUAUCUCUUUGCUGCGAGCCAAUCUAAACUGGACAUCUGUUCGAAGUAGAGCAGCCGUUGUCGAAAUGGUUGCCAAUGGAAUUUUAUGGACUGACGAGCAAGCAGACGCAGAGACACUCUAUUGGGAUCCAUCAUGGAUGGUUAAAUCUUUAUAA